GGUGUGAUAUCUAAACCCUCAUGCAUUAAAUGCGCUUAUCAAACCUUUUUUCUGUUUACCUUAUACAUAUUCAGGAAUAUAUUUCCUUGAGUGAAAAGUCAAUUAAUAAUCAAUAUGACGACAGGGGACUCUGAUAUUGGCUUGGCGAAUGGAGUGAUGACUACAUCUCCAGAUGAACCGUCUUCACAAAGUAAAGAACCGAUGCAACCCUUCACUCCUGAAGACGAGAUAGAGUCUGAAACAUGUCUGCUGCAAGAUCACGAAGACAAAGACAAGAAGAUCAUCCACCUUGAUGAAGCCCUAUCACAAAUUAAGUUUGGACUCUUCCACAUAAAGAUGCUGAUUCUCGCUGGCGGUGGAUAUUUCGCCGUUUGUUCUGAAAUUCUGGUGUUUGUUUUCCUCAGUGAACCCGUGAAGAAGGAAUGGAAUCUCAAUCACUAUGACUUUGCCUGGCUUCCUUUCUUCAGUGGAGUGUGUGGUAUUGUCGGAGGUUAUGUUUUUGGCGUGCUGAGCGACAGGAUUGGACGCCAGAUUCCCUUCAUCGUGUCAAUAUCAGUGUGUUGUGUGUUUGGGGUGGCAUCGGCAUUUGCUCCUUCCUACAUCCUCCUGGUGAUACUGCGAUCCCUCGUCUCUGUCGGGACUGGGGGACUGGAGUCCGUGGACUUUGUCCUGCUGCUGGAAUUUCUUCCAAAACGAAACCGAGGCUCUUACAUGGUGUUCAUUACAUUCUGUGGUGCUCUCGGUGCUGUGGCUGCGGGGGGUUUUGCGUGGCUCAUCCUGCCUCGCUUUGGAUGGAGGUGGUUUGUCGGCGCAUGUGCAGUUCCGUCCAUAAUCGUGUUUAUUCUGAGAUUCAUCGUGCGAACAGAAUCACCACGUUAUCUCAUGAUAAGCGGCCAGAAGGAAAAAGCAAUGAAGGUUCUUAAGAAUAUAGCAACACAAAAUAAAACGGAAUUACCCGAAGGUGAAAUAAUCUGCCCAGUUUCUACCGUUCGCGGAAGAAUACAAGACCUUUUUUCUCCCGAGCUCCGCAGAAGAACACUGUUCAUGAGCCUCAUCUGGUUCUUCCAGUCCACCGGCUACUGGGGAGUCACCAUCUACCUCCCAGAAUACAUGAACUCGCUGGGGGUGAAUUCCUACAUGAACAUGUUCACUAUCUUUAUAGGUGAACUACCAGGAAUUGCCCUUGCAAUGAUCGUCAUAGAAAGACACAUGCUCGGAAGGAUCAACAGUCUUAAAUUCUUCUCGUUCUUUACCGGGGCGUCGCUUCUUGUCUUUGCUUUCGUUCCCUUAGAAAGUAUCAAAGCCGCGCUUGUUAUUGUAUGUUAUUUCUUCAUGGUGCCUAUAUACUCGAUACUGAAUGCAUUUACCCCAGAAAUAUAUCCCACAGAUGUGCGGAGCACUGCCAUGGCUUGGGCUAACAUCGUCAUUGAAAUCCCGGGCUUGAUUACUCCUUUUAUCGGCGCCAUGUUAUUGUCGUCUGAUAUUGUCUGGCUAUAUCCGGUCACGUGGACCGCUUGCUUCCUGCUUCAGUUCAUCUUCUGCUUCUUUGUGGGUGUGGAAACUGCAGGGGAGGAGCUGAAUGACAGAAAAACUUGUGGGAAGCAGCCAGACAGUCACGUGUCCAGCACAGUGUAGGAGGAGUUUGUAUGUGUAUUUAUUUGUAUGUGUUGUCGUUUGCUGUGGGCAUACGUGUGUCAACAAUCAAAUAUUGCCUUGCAGUGUGAAUGCAGAUCUGAAGUCCCGUGAUGACAGUGUGAAUUCUGUAUGAUCUGGACAACCUAUGUUCACGCGAAACCGUUCCGUGACAGUAUAAAGUGCGCCUGUGCAGCAGGCUCAAAUCAAUCCCUUAAAGUUUCACUCUUUGAGCCAAGGUUCAUUCAGCCGAGACUAAGGUAUCUAACAGCUUGCAUUGUGUAGAGGAACUGUAGCUACAUCACGCCAGCCUGCAAUAUAUGCUGCGAACAUGGAACCGUAUAAUGAACUCCUGUAUUGUACCUGGAACCCUACCAAGACAUCCUGCAUUGCGUCUGGAACACGAAACAUCUGUAUGUCUGCUAACAAGGUUUAUGUCUGAAACCUGUUCUCUACAAACUGCCAUGGAACCUUUACACACCAGUCUUCAGUGUGCGGCCAUGGGGCCAUGACAUAAGUUUGGGACGCGUCCAUGUAUAUACGGUUCUGGUUACAGUUAUGACCAAACGGGACCAUCAAAUUCGUCAAUCAGCACUCGGGUAUUCAUUUUAACCGCCUGUGAAUAAAAACGAGAAGCACGAGGAGCAAUUCAACUAGGGUAUUGCUCCCCCGUUAGUACAGUAUUUUGGAUGCUGUGCACGCCGUGUCUGUCUUUGCGGAGCAGAUGAAGAUUUGUAUCACUUGUAGGCUGAGCGCACAUGAAUGCAGUAUGCUCGGAUGCUUAAAGUUUUAGACACUGCAAAAGGGAGAGGUUGAUAUAGUGUGGAUCUCAAGAUUAAGGUACCUCAAGAUAUUUACAUAUCCAGGUUUGAGAAGUUGUGUCAUAUACCAGGAUAUCUUGGAAGUUUGUAACCGGUUGGAUCAGUUUCGAAUUCAAGGUUUUAGUGUUAUCAGAAUUGGUGCAUUUUAUCUCCAUAUAUUUUAUUGAUAAGUUUUUCACGCUUGAAUGAGUGCAGGACUGCAGAUGUAUAUCAUGUAUACCUAUUUUGUGGUAAGAGGCGACUAACGGGAUCGGGUGGUCAGACUCGCUGACUUUGUUGACGCAUGUCAUCGCAUUCCAAUUGCGUGGAUCGAUGCUCAUGAUGUCAGUCACUGGACUGUCUGGCCCAGACUCAAUUAUUUACAGACCGCCGUCAUAUAGCUGUAAUAUUGCUGAGUGCGGCUUUAAACAACAAACGAACGAAGUUGUUGAUGCAUGACUGUGGAAAGAAACGCCACUGGUUGUACGAGAAUAGUAACUGGUUGUGCCCACAGUCAACACAGGUGGCUGUGUUGUCAUGGUGUCCAAAGUCAACACCAACGGACAUCGGAUGUAUCUGUAUAGAUAUUGACCACGUUGGAAUUCACGAUUUGCCCCAUCUUGAUUCUUGGUCUGUCAGCACAAUUCUGUUGUUUGUUUGGUAUUGACAUGACAGAAAUACUGUUCAAACGUAGACCGCCUCCGUGGACUAGUGGUAGAGCGUCUGCCCGGAGA